AUCAUGUCACGCACUUGCGGGUCGUACAUCAUUUAACGAAUUUUUUUUUGCGCUUUGACUAUUAUAAAAUUUUAAAACAUUUCAACAUAAAAAAUAAAGAUUUUCACAGUGCGAUAAAAAAUAAGGUGAUCUUGUGAAAUUAGAUCCGUUUUUUAAUUAUGUUUCCCUCGUGACUUCACCGAUUUAAUGUCACUUGAAUCUUACAUUACGAUUGUGUACCUUAAUUGGUACAUUGUGUAAAGCGUUACACACAGUAAAUUGUCUAAUAAAUAUAACAAACGAUUGUUUAUUGACUUUUACCGGAGGUGAAGAAAUGUCGGGCCAGUUGACAGUGAAUUUCGCAACAAGAACCGAACUAUUAAUUUGAUGACAGAAUUUUGCGGUGUCGAUAAAGUUUUUUCAUUGGAACCGUCCUCGCCUUCCACCACCACGCCGUCAUCGCCAGCGCUGCGGGCGGGCGAUUGUGGCCACUUCCACACGUCGACGCCGAAUUACACGAAUAAGAAGCAGAAUAACUUACCAUGGAACGUUGUGUUACCCGCCAUCUCGACAAAUCCACCUACCGUCGGAGCUGAGACAACUCUGACGCCCCCGCCCCGGUCGCCCGGCGCCGCGCCCGCGCACACGCCAGCAUCAGGCGACGGUAGGGGGCACGCCCCAGACGGUACCUCCUCCGAUAAGUCGUCUGAGACGGCGGCUGGCGUGCCCCGCGCGCCUAGCACGGCACUCUCUCGCAAGGAGAGUUACAAAGCUCAGAGACAGCACUACCGUAGGGAGAAGAAGAGAGCUGCGUCCGCUCUCUUACAUUCUAUAGAAGAUCCUACUGUCGUCGUACUCGCUGAUUGGCUGAAGGUGCGGGGAUCUUUGAAAUCGUGGACUAAACUUUGGUGCGUGUUGAAGCCUGGCAUCUUGUUGCUGUAUAAGAGUCCUAAGGCAAAGAGUAGCCACUGGGUGGGUACGGUGCUACUGACCUCGUGCCGUGUGAUAGAACGACCCAGCAAGAAGGACGGCUUCUGCUUCAAACUCUAUCAUCCUCUAGAACAGAACAUCUGGGCUCCGAGAGGACCACACAACGAGACCAUCGGAGCGGUGGUGCAGCCGCUGCCGACGGCCCACUUGAUAUUCCGCGCGCCCUCGCAGGCCGCGGGCCACUGCUGGCUUGAUGGACUGGAAUUAGCUCUACAAUGCAGCAAUGCUAUGCUCAGAUGUUCCGUGUCCCGUCCGGAGGCGGCGUUGGAGCGCGAAGUGCCCGUAGUGCAGACUAAUAUAUCUCAUGAAGAACUCGAGAGACAUUUUAAUGAUCACGAGCUAGCAAGCGCUGCAUCGGACACGGAUAGCGAAGGAUCCCGCGCGAUGGUGGAAGCCCAGCGGGAGGACCCCGCCCUCCGGCGGCACGAUGUUCUCACGAGGAUACAGAGCCUAUACGUAGAGGAUCCGGAUAGAGAGAUCGGUGUGGCAGGGGAAUUAGUGGAAGAAGUAGCGGAAGAGAAUAAAUCUUUACUCUGGUUUUUAUUGAAGCAAGUACGACCAGGCAUGGAUCUAAGUAAAGUGGUUUUACCUACAUUUAUAUUGGAACCAAGGUCGUUCUUAGACAAGUUGUCUGAUAAUUAUUAUCAUGCGGAUAUAUUGGGCAAGGCCCAAUCUCUAGAGGACCCUUACCAAAGGUUUAAAUGCGUACUUCGUUGGUACCUUUCGGGGCUUUACCGAAAGCCGAAGGGCCUUAAAAAGCCUUACAACCCAGUACUGGGGGAGAUAUUUAGAUGUUGUUGGAAAGAUAAGCAAGGGGAAUCCUACACUUAUUAUGUUGCGGAACAAGUGUCCCAUCAUCCACCGGUUUCUGCUUUCUAUGUUUCGAAUAGAAAGGAUGGUUAUGUUAUCGAAGGCAGCUUGUUAGCCAGAUCCAAAUUUUAUGGUAAUUCUACGUCCGCCAUAUUGGAGGGGUGCGCGAGAGUACAUUUACUAAACUGGGGGGAGACGUAUAUCACGACAGCGCCGUACGCGCAUUGCAAGGGAAUUGUUAUUGGUACACUUAGUAUGGAGUUAGGUGGUAAGGUCCACAUAAUAUGUCAAGAUACAGGAUAUCAGGCGGAUGUGGAAUUUAAAUUACGGUCUUUCCUCGGCGGCGCUGAUCAAACUAAUGCAAUAUCGGGAAGAAUUAAAAAGGGAAAAGAUACGAUAGCUAUUGUUGAAGGAUAUUGGGAUGGAAAGAUUGAGAUAAAAGAUAAAAGGACUGGGGAAGAAUCAAAUCUUUUAGACGUGAAUAUUCUAAAAGAACAGCGGAUGCCGAGAUAUCUGAUGAAAAUAGACAAUCAACAGGAAUUUGAGUCUCAGAGACUUUGGAUCAAAGUUUCGGAAGCUAUACUCAAUGAUGAUCAGAUAGCGGCAACAGAACAGAAAACAAUAAUAGAAGAGGCACAAAGGGCGCGUGCGAGGAACCUCCUCUCACCCUGGGUACCGCGGCUGUUCCGCAGGGACUCACGGACGGUGCCUGAAGGUAUUAUAGAUCAAGGUUGGAGAUACAACCACGCUAAUACUAGUCCAUGGCAGCCAGAGGAGAUAGUGGAGUUCGAGGAGGAGUUUGUGAUAUCAUCAGCGUUGCGAUGCACGGAGCGGCCGCGCGAGCCGCCGCCGCCCUCCGACUCCGACAGCAGGGACGAACUCGCACGGCGCUCUAAGACAUCCACGCGAACUUUGAAACAAGCUCUAAUCGCAAUAGAUAGUUCAUUACGCGAACAAUCUCUAGCUUUGGAGAGGUUGACCAGAACUGUGGAACUGUUCAGUGAGAGCCAUCGUAUAUCUGACCAGAUGAGGGCGACCCAUCGUCCUGUACAGUAUUCCCACGCAUGGGAUAUGUUUGCGGGGUUCGUGUUAGCUAUGCUCGUCCAGGUCUUGAUAAAUUGGCUAUUCUAAGACUGAACGGUGACCUUGGAGUAUGGAAUUUGUUGAAUAUGAGUUUUAAAGAGCGAUGUUUGUGUAAAUUUUUGAUUCGGUCUUAGUAUUUUUCUUUGAGUUUUAAGAGACAGGACCAAAAAAGCAAUAACUUAUACUUGUUUCUGUUGAAACUUUUUGUGUGUACAUUUUUUAACUUAGGAUUUCUGUGUUUUUCUUUGAUUUUUAAGAGACAGGAUCUGUCAAACGAGCAAUAAAUUUUACAUACAGCAAACUUUUUGUAUAUGUAAAUUGUUAAAUUAUAUAUUUUGUAUCUUUGAGUUUUAAAAGACUGGACCUGUCAAGCGUUUUUUGUAAAUGAACGAAUUUUGACUACGCUAUAAAGCGUGUUAGCUCUUUACCUCGACCUCCGUGAAUUAAUUUACAUUGGCGUUUUGCCUAGUCCUUUAAUGUAUAGUCAAAGGAUUAUAAAUAACUAUUCAAUUUAGCUCGGACAAUAUGAACAAAGUUAACUUUGAACAAUUUAUUUUUAUCAGAUAAUUGAUGGAUUUUAUGGUUUUAUAUUUUAUUACGUAAAAUGACAAUACCUAAUAAUACCUAGUAACAAUAAUACGAAUGUUUGUAUAUAUGUUAGUAAACUCCAGAAUGACUAGACAGGUCUAGAAUUUUCACACAUAUAUUACUUUUUAAAAAAGAGGAUGGUUUUUUUUAUUCUUUUUUUAUGUUCAGAAAUCAAGACAAGUUUAUACCAAACUUUUAACUCUAAGUGCCUUUCCCACCAAAUUAUAAAUUGUCUGAUAACAAUCCGUGUAAAAUAUGUGAUGGUAAUAUCAGUGACGUCAUUUUAAGCUA